CAGCUGGCAAUAAAUAGUUUUACCGGUUUACUCCAGCUGUUAUGUAGUAAACAAUAACAUUAAGUUAACCUCUUUAUUGUUAGUUGUUGGAUGUUAAAUUGAUAUAUUAUCUAUGUUCAAGAGUUUUUCCAUUUAGAAUUUUGAAUUAUCCUCUUGUCAGACAGACUGAAUCUCCUCUCAUCCACGAACUGACACUUUGAUGUGAUUCUACGAUUAAAACUGGCAAAAAGAGGUUUCUACUAGAAAAUCCUUUCUACAAAUAUAGAUUUGAAAGUAUAAGGCGCCAUAGCAGAAAAUGAGGUUCCGGUUCUGCGGGGAUGGCGACUGUCCGGACUGGAUUCUAGCUCAGAUCAACACACUCGCCAGAACGAGCUCAAUAAAAAUGAAACUGCUGUGCCAAGUGGUGGCUGAAUCCAUCGUGAGCGAGACACCGAUAAAUUACGAAAAGGCCAAAAAACUCACAUCAGAUGCCAAAUUUGAUGAAGACGAGGUGAAGGCGACUGUGUCUGCUCUAACGUACAUCCUAACCAGUGCUGCCAAGUACGGAGUGUCUGAAGCCAUCCUGUGCAAUGAGCUUCAGCAGAUCGGCUUCCCUCGGGAACACGGGCAGGCAUUGUGUCGCGUUUAUAGUGAUCAGGUGACUGCACUAACAGGACAUCUGCGGAAGGUGAGUUUGCGCACAGCUCGUUUGGUGGAUGUGAAGACAAAGGCACGCGGGACACAUUGUGAUCUCACUCUCACAUAUUGGAGCGCUGAGACAGGACAAGAACACACCAAGAGCCUCACAGUGUCUAACAACAUGUUGGCUACAUUGCUUCACGACCUAAAGAUAUGCAGUGACAAGCUUCAAAGUCUGCAAAACGAAAUAUAAUUGGAAAAUUGAUCUUCAUGAAACAUAAGAAGAUUGAUGACAUUCCAGGAAUUAUUUUUCAAUAAAUUAACUAUAAAAAAACAUAAGGAGUUUGCAAAGUUUUUUCAGUAUGUAUUAAACAGAUCAUAUAGCCUUCUUGUAUUAAAAUACAACUUAUAUUUAAUGACAUGUUUACAUUAUGGGUUAAUAAAUUGUUUUUCAUUUGUAAAUCAAUAAAUAGUAUUUAAGCUCAACAA